AUGUGUAAGUCAGCGUUCAUUGCAAUGCCAAAGAAACCAGGAGCAGUUAAGUGUGAACUUCACAGGGCGAUUAGUCUGAUGAGCCACAUGUCGAAGAUUUUACUAAGGGUUCUGAUUAAUAGAGUGAAAGGAAGAACGAAAAGCGUAAUUGGAGAGGUGCAGUAUGGGUAUGUUGAAGAUAAGGGAACGAGGAGUGCCAUCUACUUGUUGAGGAUGAUGAUGGAAAGGUCAAUUCAAGUACAGAAAGAUUUGUAUGUGUGUUUCAUAGGUUAUGUUAAGGCUUUUGACAGACAUGAAAAGUUGAUGGAAGUGCUGGAAGAGUUGGAUAUUGAUUGA